GUCAUCAAUCAUUUUUUUAUAUUUUACAUAAUUAAAUUAAAUAUUUUCCUAAUUAUACUCGUAUCAUGAUAGAUCCUGGACAAUGGAUGCAUAUGCACAUGCAGGCAAACACGCACAAUCAUCCAAGCCCAACUGAUUUCGAUACUUAUUUACCAUGGGCUUGCAACCAGAUGGCUGUCGAAAUGAGGAUUGUCGUUACCAAAACAGCUAUGAGUGAAUAUGUAAGCGUAGUAGCAAGCGAUCGCACCAAAAUAAAGAAACCAAAAAAAGCAAAGAAACGGUCUCCAUCAGAAGACGGUAGUUCCCAAAGUUCCAGCGGCAAUUAUAACAUCCCAUCACUCGUCUCCGGAGCCGACGAUAUCGUCAACAUACAUGCAAUCUAUGAUCAGUUCAUGAACCUAGUACAAAUCAAAUUUGUAAAAAACAAGUACAUACCAAGAGAAGUAAUUAAAAUAAUAACACUACUAGUCCCUAUGUACAAAUACUUGACAUCUAUUACGAUCGACUGUGGCUUGCGCGUGGGCACGAUCUACGACAUAUCUCAACUCCUACCUGUAUCUAAAGUCACAGAAUUAUGUUUAGAUAAUACGGAUGUUGUUGAAGCUAAUUAUUACAUUCUAUUGAAUGAGCCUAUCCUAAAACAUUUGUCCUUAGCAAAAUGUAAUCUUAAUGAUGAAGUUAUUAGACUGAUAGCUGAAAGAAUUAUUUAUCCUUGUCCUGCGUCUAAAUCAUUAACCGUGCUUAACUUGUCGACUAACGAAAUCACAGACGUUGGUGCAAAAUACUUAGCAGAAGCAUUACGUUCAAACCGACGUCUCGCUUACUUAAAUCUAUCUGACAAUCAGAUUACCGACGUAGGAGCCGGUUACAUUUUUGACAUAUUAAUAGAAUUUCCCCUAACUAGCCAGGAAACGUUCGAUAAAAAAUCAAGGCUUAUGAUAUACUUGAAAGAGAAGAAGGACUUAUUUCUCAUUACUAUUAACGAUCUCAGAAUAAUGGACAGUGAAAAGAAGUCAACAAAAAAAGGUAAGGCUGUUAAAUCACAAGCGUCGACCACAAUUAAGAGGAAGCAAUCAACGCCUUUCAGAGAUAAAAGUUCAACACAUGCAGAUGCUGGCAUGUCGCUCAAUGAAAGAGCAGAAGCGAUAGUCCAGGAACUGAUGGGACCCUUGUUCGAUCCCUUUGAUCGUAAUAACACUGUUAUGCGAGACGAUGAACUCUGUUGUCGCGGUAAUAACACUCUCUGUUAUCUGAACGUAGCUUUCAAUGAUCUUACUAUUGCCAGCGUGGUGAAGUUGCGUGAUGUGCUGGUGGCGCAGAAAGAGAUGAAUAGGAACCCAAAGGGUCUGGUUAACGUUAGGCUGGAAGGUAACUAUUUGCCUACAUGGUGUGCAGAGAUGCAAGAUAUUGAUGCAAUGCUCGAGGCUAAUUUGUCAACUUUCAAGAGAACAUCUAUUGUUAAAAAGAAAACUGCUAGGAGCACCCCUAGCAAGAGCAGCAGUUAAUUUUAAUCAUUUUUAUUUUUAAGCAUUUAGGGUAAUUUUAAAUAUUGAUUUCGUAGCAAGUAUGUUGUAGAUCUAAUUGUUAUAUUUUUCUUAAUUUAGAUAUUAGAAAAUCGUGAAUUAUUAUAAUCAUGGAAUUUUAAAAUUAGAUAUUUUAUUAAUGUUUAAAUUAUACUUCCAUUAUUUUAAUGCUUAGAUUAAUUUUAGAUUUUACCUAAUCAUGAACUACAAGUACUUAGGGUACUUGUAAUUUAAUAUUAACUUAGCAUAAUUUUAGAUUUACCUACUUAUACGUCUAAUUUUAAUUUUAGAUUUAAUUUCAAUUAUUAUACUUAAU